AUGGGAGCUGCUCCUUUCGUUGAGGUCGUGCAGAGGCACUGGGACUUCCGCCCCUCCUUGGCGAGCGCGCGGCGGGCUGGGGAGUGCUGUCAUCCCUUCCUGGAGCAAUUCCUAGGCCUCGGCGCCCUCCUUGAAACGGCCGGGGCGCUGACGGCGGCAUCCUGGGCGGCCCUCGUGGUGGUGGUGUACCGGCUCGAGGGCCAGCAGCACAGCGACGCCAAUGCCUAC